GCGGCCUCACCCCCGGCGCGGCUCCGUGGCCGCCCGGCGACGGAAAACGGCGGCGGCAGCAGCAGCUCGUCAGCUCCGGGGCGGACCCGGAAGGUGCCGGUUGUUGUGAGGGGCAGCCAUGGUGUGCGAGAAGUGUGAGAGGAAGCUCGGUACCGUGAUCACUCCCGAUACGUGGAAGGACGGGGCGAGAAACACCACAGAGAGUGGUGGCCGAAAGCUAAAUGAAAACAAGGCGUUGACCUCAAAGAAGGCAAGAUUUGAUCCUUAUGGAAAGAACAAAUUUGCAAUAUGUCGGAUUUGUAAGAGUUCCGUCCAUCAGCCAGGGUCUCACUAUUGUCAAGGAUGUGCCUAUAAAAAAGAGCUUGCAUUCCUUGGCUGCCUCUGGAUGCACAAAUUGCAGUGGAGGCUGGACCCCCUUGUGCCUGACUACCAAUCUGUGGUACCUGCCUUGGACAAGGACUGUGCUGCCUUACUCCAUACAUUUCUCACUUCAUUUCUCACUUCCAUCUUGGACCACGGCGCUUUUUCUCAACAGAACAAAGCUGCUGUGGUGGAACAGUAAUGCAGGCCAUGGGAAAUAACAAUGGGAGCAACAGUCCCUGUGGAAAGGAGACCGUGAUGUUCUGCUCUCAAAUUCACUCCGGGUAAUUAUUUCAUCAGUGCUGUCCUCAAAAAGCAACAGAGAGCCUGCUCCAAAGUGCUUUCAAAGUCAAGGCGAGGGAAGGAAGAUUGACAGAGAGAGGUAGCACUUUCUCUUAAACCAAGUAACACAGCUGAAGGAAAAAAAAAUCCAACAAGCUUUCAGCAAGACAAAAUCCAACUAACCUUCUGCAAGGAUGCAAGGCAGAAUGCUUCCCCGUGUGGAUGCUCUGCAGAGACUGCCUAGUCCAUCACAGAUUUCCUCUGAAUAACUAUUUUUUAUUUUGUACUUUUGGAAGGGAGAAAGGUAAGUAAGAUAAGCUGCUAACUUUCCUUUCUGUUUAUGCACAGACGUCAAAAGCUGGAGCAGGCCAUCUGCUGUCAGUAGGUUUGGCAGAGAGGGCAGGUAAAAUCCAGUCUGCAGCCUGCAUGCUUUGUACCAUUUCAGUUACAAUUCUAGGUGCGAAUGACAAUUUGUAAAGCUGAAAUUGUGUUUUUGAGUGUAUUAAAAUUGAGAAAAGAAUCAUAGAACAAUUAAAGUUGUAAAGAUCCUCAG